AUGACCGUCACCUACACAGCCCGCGUGGCCAAUGCGCGCUUCGGCGGCUUCUCGCAGCUGCUGUUGCUGUGGCGCGGGAGCAUCUACAAACUUCUGUGGCGCGAGUUGGUCUGUUUCCUGGGGCUCUACAUGGCUCUGAGUGCCGCCUAUCGCUUCGUGCUGACCGAAGGGCAGAAGCGCUACUUCGAGAAGCUCGUCAUUUACUGUGACCAGUAUGCCAGUCUCAUCCCGGUCUCUUUCGUGCUGGGUUUCUAUGUGACGCUGGUGGUGCACCGCUGGUGGAACCAGUACCUAUGCAUGCCGCUGCCGGACGCGCUCAUGUGCGUGGUGGCAGGCACGGUGCACGGACGCGACGAGCGGGGCCGCCUCUACCGGCGUACGCUCAUGCGCUACGCCGGGCUCUCGGCUGUGCUUAUCCUGCGCUCAGUCAGCACCGCGGUCUUCAAGCGCUUCCCCACCAUAGACCACGUAGUGGAGGCGGGAUUUAUGACCCGCGAGGAGCGUAAGAAGUUUGAGAACCUGAACUCGUCCUACAACAAGUACUGGGUGCCCUGCGUCUGGUUCUCCAACCUGGCUGCGCAGGCCCGGCGUGAGGGCCGCAUCCGCGACAACAGCGCCCUUAAACUGCUGCUCGAGGAGCUGACCGUGUUUCGGGGCAAGUGCGGAAUGCUCUUUCACUACGACUGGAUCAGCGUACCCCUUGUCUAUACCCAGGUGGUCACCAUCGCUGUGUACAGCUACUUCCUGGCCUGCCUCAUCGGUCGCCAGUUCCUGGACCCAGCUCAGGGCUACGAAGGCCACAACCUGGACCUGUGCGUGCCCAUCUUCACCCUGCUGCAGUUCUUCUUCUAUGCGGGCUGGCUCAAGGUAGCCGAGCAGCUCAUUAAUCCCUUCGGAGAGGACGACGAUGACUUUGAAACCAACUUUCUGAUCGACCGCAACUUCCAGGUGUCAAUGCUGGCCGUGGACGAGAUGUAUGACGACCUGGCCAUGCUGGAGAAGGAUCUGUACUGGGACGCAACCGAGGCUCGCGCCCCCUACACCGCAGCCACCGCGUUCCUGCGGCAGCAGCCCUCCUUCCAGGGCUCCACCUUCGAUAUCACGCUGGCCAAAGAGGACAUGCAGUUCCAGCGGCUGGACGGCGUGGACGGGCCGCUGGGCGAGGCGCACGGCGACUUUUUGCAGCGCCUCCUGCCGGUAGGCGCAGGCAUGGGCGCGGGAGGCCUGCUGGGCCGGCGCCUGUCCUUAAUGCGCCGCAAGAACAGCUGCGUGUCUGAGACGUCCACAGCCGCCAGCUGCACGUGCGCAGGCGCCCCCGACGGCGCGGCCCCGGAGUGCGGUUGCGGGGACCCGCUGCUCGACUCCGGCCUGCGGGAGCCAGAGCCGGAGCUCCCCGCCGGCCCCGAGCUGCCCGUCCCGGGGCCCGCCGCUGAGCCCUUCACCACUGUGCCUAUGCCCGCGCCCCGGGGCCCGGCUCCACCCUGGCUGCCCAGCCCCAUUGGCGAGGAGGAGGAGAGUCUAGCCUGA